ACUCGUACUGACUGGACCGUAAUGUCCGAGAUCAACGCCGUUUUUAACCUGUGCGGGGAUGGAUCGGCGGGGUUAGGUUCUGGUUGAGGAUGAGGAUGAGGAUGUGGUUGUUAGUACCGAGUAUUUAUAAUUCCUUUCUUGCCGGACUCGCCCCCGUCGUUCGUAUACUGUAUACUCUGUAGCGUGUAUACAUACAACAUGCGUCUGUCUCUCGCCCUCCCGGCUCUGGCCCUCCCCCUGGCGACGUCUCUUAAUAUCGUCUCUUCCAAUGACGAUGGCUGGGCUGUAUCCAAUAUUCGUGCGCUGCACGACGCGUUGACGGAGGCAGGGCACAAGGUGGUUCUGUCUGCGCCGGCUGAGAAUCAGAGCGGAACUGGCUCCCUAGAUAUCCCCCCCAAAGACCGCUCCAAACCCUGCCAAUUCAACAGCUGUCCCGCCAAUGGCCCCCCAACAGGGCACGACCCAGCCAACCCGCUCCUCAACUACGUCAACUCCUACCCCGUAACCUCCAUGAAGCACGGUCUUCAGACCCUCGCGCCUCAAUUCUUCGGCGAAGAAGGCACAGACCUCGCCGUCGCAGGGCCCAACGUAGGCUCCAACCUCGGCCUAGCAGUCUUCAUCAGCGGGACCGUCGGGGCGGCGUCCUACGCCGUGAAAGAAGCGCACAUCCCCGCCAUCGCCUUCUCCGGCAAGACGGGCGAUCCGACGGCGUGGAAUGAUACCCGUCCGGCCUACAGCGACGUGUACGCUAAGCUGGCGAGUAAGGUUACUACCGCUGUAGUGGGCGCCGGCAAGCCGUAUUUGCCGGAGGGAGCGUUCCUGAAUGUCAAUUUCCCGGCGGUGGGCGAGGACGGGAGCUGUGGGAAGGUGGAGGAUGUGACGUUUGUGUUGUCGAGGAUUCUGGGCACGGCGGGAGAGGAUGUUGAGACUUGUGGGAAGACGCGGCUGCCGACGGAGGGGUCGGUCAUCCGGACGGAGGGAUGCUACGGCAGCGUGUCCGUUGGCAUGGCGGAGAAUAAAUUGGAUGCGAAUGCGACGGUGCAGGGGGUUGUGCUGGGGAGGUUGCAGGGGUUGUUGGAGUGUUUGCCUUGAUAUAUAGUACUUGGAUGCUGCGUGUCGUAUGUCGUAUAUAGGGGUCCAGGGGAUAUCAUAGUUAGUUUAC